CACUAGAGAGGCUGGUACUAGAGAGUGCAAACACCUCUUUUUCACAGUGAAACAGCUAAAACCCAAGGAUGGGAAUCAUUGCAAUGCAUCACCCUUGGGCUUUUGCAUUUGGUAUUUUAGGUAACAUUGUAUCAUUUAUGGUGUACCUGGCUCCACUUCCAACAUUUUAUAGGGUGUAUAAGAAGAAAUCAACAGAAGGGUUUCAAUCAAUACCUUAUGUGGUUGCACUCUUUAGUGCCAUGUUAUGGUUGUACUAUGGAUUCCUCAAGACUAAUGGAGUUAUGCUUAUCACCAUCAAUACCAUGGGAUGUGCCAUAGAAGCAACAUAUAUAGCAAUGUAUGUUGUAUAUGCACCAAGGAGUGCCAAGAUAUUCACAUCUAAGCUGUUGCUUUUAUUAAAUGUGGGCGCAUAUGGGUUGAUAUUGCUCUUUACACUCAUGUUAGUAAGGGGCCCAAGGCGUGUCCCAAUCAUUGGAUGGGUCAGCGCCACAUUCAACGUCAGUGUAUUUGCCGCACCUUUAAGCAUCAUGAGGCUAGUGAUAAGAACUAAAAGUGUCGAAUUCAUGCCAUUUUUGCUGUCCCUCUUCCUAACAUUCGCCGCUGUGAUUUGGUUCGUUUACGGCCUCCUGUUAAAGGACUUGUUCAUCGCAGUAAGUUUCCAAUGCAAAAUGAGGUUUUGAGGUCUUGAAAAGCUU